AUGAAAGGAGAAAUUGUGAAACAGUUUGAAGGUCAAGAUAUUGUUGUUGGAGGUGAUGGUCAAUGUGACUCCCCAGGCUUCAAUGCCAAGAAUUUAUGCUAUUUUAUGGUUGAGGUAGAUAGCAAUUACAUUCUUGACAUUGAAGUCUUAGACAAGAGGCAUGUUGGCCUCAUCUCAACAAAUAUGGAGAAAGAGGCAGUAAACCGAAGUAUGGAUCGUCUUCAGAAGGAAGUAAAAGUCGUGGAGUUGGUUACUGAUGCCUCUACAUCUGUAAAAGCAUUUCUUGAAAAUGAAUACCCAGAUGUAAUUCAUAGUUUGGAUGUUUGGCACAAAUCGAAAAGCAUCAAGAAGUGUCUGGAUAAGCUUGGAAAACCUAAAGCAAUGAAAAAGGUGAAGGACUGGGCACCACAUAUCAUCCGCCAUUUUUGGCAUUGUUCCAGUUCAUGUCGACAAGAUAACGAAACCUCUGAUCAGGAAGCCUUGAAAGUUAUGAAGGACAAAUGGAUUGGAUUGCUCCAUCAUAUAUGUAAUGAGCAUGAGUGGCUGGAAGGUCGUCAAUGUGACCAUGAAGAGGAUGAACAUGAUGAGCAUCUAGCGUGGUUUGGUCGCCGAGAUAAGGAUUAUCAAGAGCUGCAAAAGAUUAUCCUGAAUCCUGAGCUACUUGCCAGUUUUAAGUACUAUACCCGUUUCAGACAUACAGGUGGCAUAGAAUGUGCUAAUAGCCUUGGACUGGUUUAUACUCCAAAGAGGACCCCAUUCAGAUACAGUGCAUACAAAGCGAGACGACAGCUUGCAGCUAUUGAUUGGAACUUCUAUCAAAACCUCCAGCCGGCCAAAACAAAGUGUGGCGAUGAAAUUAGCACCAGGAAGUACAAUCCAAGAACCCGACAAUGGGAUCUCAAGACAGUAAAGGUUCAGGAGGAAUAUGGCUACAUCCCAUUACUCAUGGCCAAAAUAAUAAAAAGAAGAGUGGAUGAUGAUAGUAUUGGUGGUGUUACAAGAGCAGUGGAUUUAAAUGCAAGUGACCCUGCUCUUAUUUCCCCAACCAUUGCCCACAUACCUCCACCAUCUACAAAGGACAUUGUUUCAAGGAGCAGAUUUAAUAAAUAG